CGGAGCGACCUGUUGAGGUCGAUGUUUCCCGGCCGCCGACAUGUUGGCGGUUCCUGCUCUGCUGAAGGGGAAAGCCGUGUUACUGCCGCUGUCUGUCGCUGCCGGGGAUAUGGCGAUAUAAAAGGCAAUCUUGUUUUCCUUCCAUGAUGAACUAUAAAUUGUAAUUUUUACCUCCUGGAGAUGUGAGCAACUUUUAGCAGCAUUAUGGGAGUUCAGGGACUGUGGAAGCUGUUGGAGUGUACUGGACAACCAACUAGACCAGAAACUCUUGAAGGAAAAAUACUUGCUGUCGAUAUUAGCAUUUGGUUAAACCAGGCUGUGAAGGGAGCACGAGAUCGCCAUGGUAAUUCUAUACCAAAUGCUCACCUUUUGAUUUUGCUCCAUCGACUUUGUAAAUUGUUGUUUUAUCGAAUACGACCAUUGGUUGUUUUUGAUGGAAAGAUGCCACUACUGAAGAAGCAAACUUUGGAAAAUAGGUGGAAGAGAAAGGAGCUAGCAGUUAAAGACACAAAGAAAACUACAGACAAGCUGUUGAAAACUUUUCUGAAGAGGCUUGCCUUAAAAGCUGCAACAGGAGGCAAAAGUGAUGACAUCAUUCCCAGUCUCUCUCAGGUGAAGAGAGGAGAAACCGAUGAUAUUUUUAUUCUGCCUUCUUUGGAACAGAAAGAGGAAAACAGCUCAGAUGAAGAGGCUGAGAAGGAAUGGAAAGAACGAAUGAAGAAUGAAAGGUUAUUGCAGAAUGAAUUUUUUGAGAAUCCUAAUUCUGUAGAUAUUGAUUCAGAAGACUUUGCGAGUUUACCUCCAGAGGUGAGGCAUGAAAUCUUGACAGACCUCAAAGAAUUCGCCAAGCGUCGAAGAAGUUUAUUGGAGCCAAUGCCUGAGCAGUCAACUGAUUUUUCUCAGUACCAGUUAUCUGGCCUGCUUAAACGCAACAGACUUAACCAGCAUAUUCAAGGUGUUCAAAAAGAGAUGAACAAACAAUACUGUGGAGAAAUCCAAAUGGACUGUGAUAAUGAAGGGGGAUUCAUUAAGGAUAUGGAAACCAGACGGCUUGUAUCAGAGGAUGCUUCACACUACAUUCUGAUAAAAGGAGUCCAGUUGAAAAAUAGUGAAGAUGCAAAGACCAAUGAACAAAAUCCACCAGAGAAAAUUAUUAAUUCCACUGCCACAGAAGCACCCUCAAACUCUGGUUGGGAGCCUUUUAAAUAUUCAAGUCUCACAUCACCUCCAACAACCAAAGCUGAGAAUAAUGAUGGCGCUGCUGCAAAUGAUUGCCCUUCUCCACGGACAAUGAUGGCUAUUGAAGCUGCCAUGUUAGAAAGCAGCUCAGAUGACGCGCUCGAGUCUGGAGAAGAUAAAUUAUUUCUACCUGAGUGCAGUAGCACUCUAUAUUCAGCUGGUGGUACUUCCAAAAAUGUAAAUAUGUCACCAAGGACACAUCGAGCCAUCCAGCAAGCUUUAGAAGAAAUUGAAGUGACAAACAUUGCAAAGAGGGACCAAGAAAAUGAAUACAGCAAUACUACAAAACAACUAGUCAGAUGCUUAAGCUCAGAUAAUGAGCAUGAAGAUCAAGAAGUAUUUGACAGUGAUUGUGAGCUGCUUGAAUCACCAUUAAGUUCAAAGACCACUCAGAGGAAAUCUAUAAGAUCUGGAAAUGAUCAAAAUUGCAAUAUGCAAGCUAAACUUCCUGCAGCUGCAAAAUCUUCUCCCAUCAGUGCAAACAAACAAGAUCAUGGUGAUGCAACCAGAGAUAUAAUGCAAGUGAUAAUUGAAAAACAGAAAAUUGAACAGAUAAAUAUUCAAACUUCUGAAUUUGUGCAGGAAACUGAAAAUGAUGCUGAGUUGCACUUGGACAGUAACAUCAGGAAAUGUAUUAAUCCUCUUGAAACAGUUAUGUUCCUAGAAAAUAGCAGUACAAACAGUGGAAUUAUUCCAAGUGUACAGCAGCCUUUAUUUUCUCACGCUCUGGGCAUUCAGUCUGUGGACAAUAUAAAAAUGUCUCCUCAGAUAAAAGGAGAACUGGAAUUGAAGAGUUUUUCUUCUGAAAAAGAUAAACGAGCCUCGCUAGAAGAAUCCAUUGGAAACCAGAAUUCUGCGAAGGAUUACCAGAGUGACUCUGAGGGAAGCUUUAUUGAAGUUAUUGACACCAAUGAAGCACCAUUGCAAAAUGAGCUCUUUCCACACGAUAUCUUCAAACCUUUGAUUCCCGUGACUAAAUCGACACUACUGCCUGAUGAUGACAAUGUGCAAGGGACUUUAGAAACUGUACAGACAGUUAAAGAGGAACAAUCGGCAGUUAUCAGUGCUCAUACAGAAGAAGUUGAGAAAAUUGUUCAGAAAAAUAUGGAAGAACCAGAGCAGCCCAAAUGGACAGAUAUGGAAGAAAGCACAGCAAAUGAGUGGAGUGAACUAAAUCAGGGUGAUAUAGAGGAACUAGAAAACAGCUUGUUCUUAAAGCAGUCUGAACUACAAUCUCAGAAACAACAGCAAGAGCGUGUUGCAGCCACAAUCACAGGACAAAUGUACUUGGACAGUCAGGAGCUGUUGCGGCUUCUUGGAAUUCCUUAUAUUGUUGCUCCCACGGAGGCAGAAGCGCAAUGUGCUUACUUGGAUCUGACUGAUCAAACUAGUGGAACCAUCACUGAUGACAGUGAUAUAUGGCUGUUUGGGGCACGUCAUGUGUAUAAGAAUUUCUUCAAUCAAGAUAAGUAUGUGGAAUAUUACCAGUACGUCCAUAUUCAUAACCAACUUGGUCUCGAUAGACGAAAGCUGAUAAAUCUUGCCUAUUUUCUGGGCAGUGACUACACUGAGGGGAUCCCUGGUGUAGGUUAUGUAACAGCAAUGGAACUGCUGAAUGAAUUCCUUGGGCCUGGACUGGAGCCGCUUUUUCGUAUUCGGGAUUGGUGGACUGAAUCUCAGAAAAAUAAAAAGUUACGAGACAAUCCUAAUGAUACAAAAGUGAAGAAAAAACUGCGUAACCUGGACAUCAACCCAGGGUUUCCAAAUCCAGCUGUGGCAGAAGCAUAUCUAAAACCAGUUAUAGAUGAAUCUAAAGGAUCACUUUCCUGGGGAAGACCAGACCUGGAUGAGAUUAGAGAAUUUUGUCAGAAUCGUUUUGGUUGGACUAGGAAGAAGACUGAUGACAUACUUUUGCCUGUAAUGAAGCAACUCAAUGCCCACCAGUCACAGCCACGUAUUGACACCUUCUUCAGAGUGGAACAAUAUGAGAAACAAGCAAUAAAAAGCCAGAGACUUCGCAGAGCUGUGACUUGUAUGUUGAGGAAAGAAGAAACUUCAACACAAGCACACGAAACUGCUGAUAUACCAGAGGGGAGUAGUAACUCUUCAGACGACACUCAAGAAGUUGCCUUGGGAGCCAAAAGCAAAUCCAGCAAUUCCCAAAUGAAGUGCAGAAAGAGAAAGCAACCAGUGAAAUCUGCAGAACAACCACUCGGAGGAGGUUUUAUUGGAUCGCUUCAUCCAUCUGAAAGGUCAAUUGACUCUGCAGAGGGUGGUUUUGAAUAUAACACCAAAAAAUACCCUAAAACCACGAGUUUUGUUAAAAAAUCUCCAGAAAAGCAGAUGAAAGAUAGAAAUGAUAAAACCGAAGACAAAACUGCCUCUUGCAGCAGUAGCUCAAGUGAAGAGAAUGAUGAUAGUCUAGUGACAGCCAAGCCUGUGUUUUCAAAGAAAGGAAAGGUCUUAAAACAAAGCAGCAACAAAAAAAGGAUGAAAGGUCUUAAAACAAAGCAACAACAAAAAUUUAAAAAAUAAGUAUAUAUCAAUUCCAGUAGCCAUUUCUGUAAGUAGUAUUUCAAGCCAAUUGAAAAUAUCAACCAGGUAACAUUUCAUGGCAUAUAAAUCAUGGUAUAUAAAUCCAUCUUGUUAAUUUGAGGUUAAAUCCCAAUUUUUGCCUGUUAGAAACUAAAGUUCUGAUGGUAAAUUGUUUUAAAGACUGCUAGUUGCUCAGUUGGAUUAAAUUCACGUACAUUUGUCAUUUGCCACAUUCUUGAAUUAAAAAAAACAAUUGUAAAUUUACCCGAACCUCUGGCUAUAUGCCAUCGUUUAAAAAACUACUACAUGAUUGGCUGUUAUUAUGCUUCACCAGAGUGCAAAAAAAACUUCAUUUUACUAUGCAGGGUAGAUUAAAGACAUUUCCUGCAGACGGUGGAAUUAUGUGCAAAGGACAAUAUCUUUUGAAAUUGUGUUGUAUUUAUUAAAUGUAUCCCUCAAAAAUAAUGACUUCCUACAAAUCAACCCACAGCUGCGUCUGUUUACAGGAAAAGAUAAAUACAUUUUUGCAGGGCAGAACAAUUACCAAAAUUGAUUUUAGUAAUAGAUCGGGUUGCACUAUAACUAAUCCACUGAUUUGAAUUUACACACACUCAAUGACUAAAGUUUUCUUAGGUUUUUGUAACAUUCUGCAAUUUAAUUUUUCAAUGUUGACUGACUUGGAAUAUCGGUCUGUAGUUGAUGGACAUCUUUUUCGAAAAUGGAAACUGUUUGGCAAUAGAGAAAACACAGAUGAACACAAGCAACAUGGUUCUGAUACUUCUGACAGAUUUGAUAUGCAAGUGACAACGGCCAGAGGUAAUAUUUGGCUCUUGCAGUGGAACGGUAAUAAACUAUGACUGUUAGUAGUCUUUGUUAUUCAAUUUGCUCCAUGCCUGAUGGAUAAUUUCUGUGUAAAUUAAUGCUUUUGAUGUUCAGAGGGUAAUGCAAUUAAAAUUUGUUAUGAUGCAAUUAAAAUAUUUGGUUCUGUUGCUUUACAAAUCUAUUCCUUGAUUUGAUUUUUAUGGAUAUUGGCAAUCUAAUGCAAUAGUUGUGGAGUUUGUUUUCAGAUCUUUUUAUUACAAGUCGCUUAUCAAUAGGAGUUGACAUGCACUCUCUUACUCUUUCUCCUACCUUUCUCC